CUUUUCAGCAAUCUGAUUGGCUCAGGCACCGGAAGAAAAGCUAACCUUGAGCAGCGGGCUAAAAGCAUGCGUUCGCGUUUACGCAAAGAGAUCGUUUGUGACUAUAAAAACAUUUAUUCACGAUUAUUCUCAGCUCUGCCAUGUUGACUGCUUUUCCUUAACCGCCUUCAGCUCUGCUCUCCCUGUUCUGAGUUUUCUCCUCUUGUCGGAGUCAUCUGCGAUGCAACGAUGAAGUUUCCUGUUCUUACAGUCACCUGGAGCUGCAGGGCUUUUCGUAGAUUCCAGCAAAGGAGGGUUUUAUUGGCAGAGCAGAGGCUUUGGAGAUCGGCUUUGAUUUGCAGAAGCAGCAGCCAUCUGUGCAGAGACUACAGGAGUUUCUACAUAACAACCCCCAUCUUCUACGUGAACGCGUCUCCUCACCUGGGCCACCUGUACUCGGCUGUGAUCGCGGACUGCUUACACAGGUGGAAACUCCUGCAGGGCUUUGACUCCAGGUUUGCUACAGGAACAGACGAGCAUGGCCUGAAAAUACAGCAAGCGGCUGAAGCUGCGGGUAAAGAUCCCCUGACCUUCUCCACCGAAGUGUCCGAGCGAUUCAAAAAUCUCUUCAGCAGCUGCAACAUAUCCUUCACCGACUACAUCAGAACCACAGAACAGAGACACCGUCGGGCCGUGGAGCAUUUCUGGUCAGUGCUCUGGAACAAAGGGCUCAUCUACAAAGGAAGCUACGAGGGCUGGUACUCCACGCAAGAUGAAAGCUUCCUCACGCCGUCGCAGGUCGGCGAUGCUCUGGACCCAUCGGGGAAAGCGGUGAAAGUGUCACUCGAGAGCGGACACAAGGUCGAGUGGAUGAAGGAGGAGAACUACAUGUUCCGCCUGUCCGCGUUUCGCUCUCGCCUCCACGACUGGUUGGUGGAGAACCCCGGCGCCGUCCAGCCCGAGCGCUUCCAGCUGGCCGUCCUGCAGUGGCUGCAGGAGGAGCUCCCCGACCUCUCCGUGUCCCGCCAGAGAAGCCGCCUCCAGUGGGGCGUCCCCGUCCCAGGGGACCCGGAACAGACCGUCUACGUGUGGCUGGACGCUCUGGUGAACUACCUCACCGUUGCCGGUUACCCAGACGGCCACGAGCAGUGGUGGCGCGUUGCCCACCACGUCAUAGGAAAGGACAUCCUGAAGUUCCACGCCGUCUACUGGCCCGCGUUCCUGCUGGGCGCGGGGCUGCCCCUGCCGCGGGCGAUCCACGUACACUCGCACUGGACCGUAGGCGGGAGGAAGAUGUCGAAGAGCUUGGGCAACGUCGUGGAUCCUUUUGAGCACUCUCGGAUGUUCACCAACGACGGCAUCAGGUACUUCCUGCUGCGUCAGGGCGUCCCGGACUCGGACUGCGAUUACACCCCGGACAAAGUUCGGAAACUUCUCAACGCCGAGCUCGCCGACUCCUUAGGCGGCCUGCUGAACCGCUGCACCGCUCCGGCCCUCAACCCGGCUCAGGUCUACCCCGCCUUCUGCUGCCAGGCGUUCUCCGGGGACGGGCGUGGCAGAGCUGCGGCUGAAGAUCACCGCAUGGUGGCUGCGGUGAGGAGUCUACCCACCGUGGUGGAGAAGCACUACGAGAGCAUGCACGUGUACAAAGCCUUGGAGGCAAUCAGCGCCUGUGUGAGACAGACUAACGGGUUUGUCCAGCGCCACGCGCCGUGGAAGCUGGACAGGAGGGACGCCAAAGACCGCCGCUGGUCAGACACCAUCGUCCACGUGUCUCUCGAAUGUCUGCGGAUCUACGGGACUCUCCUCCAGCCGGUGGUGCCGGAGAUGUCCGACAGGCUGCUAACGAGACUUGGCGUGCGAGCUCACGAAAGAAGCUGGAAAGAUCUGGACUUCCUGCAGAGAUACGACGGAACGGACUGCCCCUUCGAAGGCAGGCCGCUGGGGUCUGACUCUGGGUUGCUUUUUAGCAGACUGGAGAGUCCGAAUGCAGAUAAACGAAACCCAAAGAAAAGUAAAAAACCUGCACAUUUAAAGUGACCGAUUUAAUGCAGUAUUUUCAUUUUAGCUGAUGCAGUUAAGUAUUCUUACUCGGCUAGAACCCGCUUUAAAAACUGGUCAAUCUUUUUCUGCUGUUGAAGGCCAAUUUAUUCAGGAUUUGGAAAAUCUUGGCAAUAUAAAAAGGUCUACUUGUGUGAAAACUGUAAACUAAAAACACACCUGUCAACAAACAGGUAAAUUUAAAUGAAUUAGGAGUAUCAGAAAGGUCAGCAUACUGAGUUAAUGUCCACAUAUUGAACAGUACUGUAUAUGCAUUCAAAAAUGUUUCACAAUCCUUUUUCCUUCCCCUAAACUUUCCAUUGUUAUACUUUGGUGCUCUCUUCGUGUGCUGCAUCAAACUUCUUUAGCAAUGGCUUUUGCCACCAUGUGGGGGGUGCCAAUGACUGUUUGCUGGAUCUGACCAGUCUUUGCCAUCAUUGUUUAGAUCGUAAAUCUUGUUACAUCCGAAAAACUUUAAUUGGUGUAAUAUUAACUUUCUGAGAAACUAAUUUGGGGGUUUUGUUAGACCAUGAUAAAUGUCAAAAUUAAAGACUUUCAUUACACUAAAAUGACUGUAAUGACAUGUUUUAUUAUACACAUUGAUACUUUGUGUAUUGGUAAAACACCCAAAAGCAGAUAUUAAAGCACCAAAAUUGUGGAUAGAAAAUCUUGUUAUGCACAUUUAAACCAGAUUUAGCUUUUUGGUAACGCGUAUUCAUUUACUAAAAACUGAACAAGGCGUACAAAACCUACUACCAGCAGUCAACUAUGGAGGAGGUUCAAAGACGUUCCUUGACCAUGUGCAAGGCAUCAUGAUAUCUGAGGACUACUAAAUCACAAAGUAGGGCCCAGAGUCAGAAAGCUGGGACUGAUUUCAGGUUCUAGUUCUCCAAGGAUGCAACCAAAUAUCAAGUAAAGUGUGCCAAUCAUUUUUUUCUGACCAAUUUUUGAAGCCCUGUGUAAAAUUAUAUCAAAUUAGCUUUUUAAGUGUUGUUCCAAUACACACAAAGAAAACAAAAUGUGCAAUUGCGAUAAUUUCCAGGGAGAAAAGCUUCCUUCUCUGGAAAGACUUCAAGGGUGCCAACACUUCAUGAAUGUACCGUACAUCUCCCUAAGUGUAGUGAUUCUUUACAAGGUUUAGUUUUUUAAUUAAAUCGCAGGAAUAAUGUUACUUUUCUACUAUAUUUGCAUUAGAGAUACCUCUGUAGAUAAGAUGGAUGUACAAAAAUGCUUAAAUAUGAUUUAUUUCAGCCUUUUUAUACCGCUCAGGAUUUUCUUGUCACUUUGUAUUCGCCCCUCCUCCAAAAAGUCUUCCAGUGACAGUCAACACAACCAAAAGACAUAAAAACUGACAUGAUUCAUUUUAAUGAGAAAUACACAAAACUGAAAAA